GUUGAAAAAAAGGCAGUCUGAGGCAUUGCUGAGUGAUAAAACCAUGCAGAACAGAGAGUAAGAGAGAGAUUGAAAAGAGACAGUGAGAAGAGAAACAACAACAAAGAGUAAUAUAUACCUUCAUGAACAAAGAUGGCCGCUAUAAAUAUAUCAAAUUCCACCAGAAAUUGCAGCUUAACCGAGGAUUUUAACAUGGUGCUUCCAGUCACCUACAGUGUGGUGCUGGUUGUUGGCCUGCUGCUCAACCUCAUUGCCAUGUAUGCCAUCUUAUUCCGGAUCAAACACUGGAGUCCCAACACCAUCUAUAUGCUAAACCUGACUGUGUGUGACACCGUCUAUAUUCUGACACUACCCUUCCUGAUCUAUUAUCACUUAACAGAGAAAUACUGGCCAUUUACUGAAGCGUUUUGCAAAAUUAUACGCUUUCUCUUCUAUACCAAUCUGUAUGGUAGCAUCCUAUUCCUCAGCUGCAUCAAUGUCCAUCGCUACAUAGUUAUUUGCCACCCUGUGCGAUCAUUGGGCUGGGUUAAUCCCCGCCGUGCCCGUUAUGUCUCGAUCCUUGUCUGGGCAGUUGUCCUCAUCUUCCAGGCACCAGUGCUCUACUUUUCCCAAAAUAAGAAAAAAAAUGGAUGCUCAGACACCACAACAGAGGAACUCUUUAAACACUACCUUCCCUAUACGUCAGUUAUUUCAGUCAUUUUCUUUCUAAUACCCUUUGUUUUAGUGAUAGUCUGCAACAGCCUGAUGGUUCAGAAGCUCAUACAACCUAGCACAGUAGGAGGUGCAAUAUCUCAGCGCUCCAGACAAAAGUCUGUAAAGAUGAUUGUCAUCGUAAUGCUGGUCUUCAUAGUAUGCUUUGUGCCUUUCCACUUCACACGGAGUCUUAACUUCACUUUCCGUUACUUAAAAGUUAACUGCAAACUCCUGGAUGGAUCAAGGAUCGCCUACAAGAUCUCAAGGCCUCUGGCAAGUAUAAACAGCUGCAUUGACCCUAUCCUGUACUUCAUGGCUGGCCAGGGAUUCCGACGCACUCUACCUAAGAAGAUAAAGCAAGAUCAGAGAACUGAGGAAUAUAAGGUUGUCUUAAACUCCCAAUCAGACUAAACAAUUGGAAUAUGAAUAUGGACACUGAAAAGUUGUAUUAAAAAUUAAUAGACCAAACAAUAAAGUAAGUUAAUGAAAAAUAGAACGUAAUGAAAGAGCUGUAGAGACCGAAUGCUGUGACUUUAAAUCCCAGGACUGCCAGAGACACACUGACACACUGUGCUUGGUCUGAAUUCUCAGUUGUAAAAGUGGUUGUUGAGUAACUGUAAAUGUAGACUUUUGCUUUAAUAGUUAUUGAUAUCAGAAACGUUAACUUCUGUAGGACAGAUAUACAACAUUUAAAGGGAUGUGUGUUUAGAUUUUUAAGUUUUCUUUGAAUAGAUGUUUAUUGUAAAAAUUUUUGGAAAGAGUCUCCAAUGUCAGGGCUUUGUACUAAUCAGAUGUUCUCUACACAAAAAUCCUUCAGGAGAGAGAACGAGAAAAAAAAAAGACUGGCAAGUGGAAAAAAACAGGCUGAUGAGGAAACGAUUGUUUAUAGUUGUAAAGUUAGCAAUAACAUAACCUAACAUGUUUUGAGAAUGAUUCGCAGCUGUGGUAUUUGAGGAAUUGCAAACUUGGGGACAUGCUGUUAUGGAAAAAGAAUCAACUUUGGGCCGGUAACACUAACAGUGCUUCAUAUGAGGACACCUUAUGCAUCCUCAGCUUUGAUUAUUAUCCCAAACCAGCCAAAAUCCCAAAGUGUUUUGCUCCUCAUUUACAAUACUGUUCACUGUUUGGGAUCAAUUGGAAAUGUCCUUGUUUUCCAAAGAAAAAUCCAUUUUAAUCCUUUUCAAAAACAUUAAAAUUAAUCAGAUGAUAUUAAAGAAAGAUUGUCACUAAAAGAUUGUGGCACAGAGGCCAUUAAUAGAAUAGCAACCAUCAGAUCUUUGUUUCAAUCUCAUGUGUUUACUAAGUUAAUUAUUGAUUGAUAACUGGUUAAAUAACCGAUUAUUAGAAAACCCUUUUACAAUUCUGCUAUCCCAGCUGAAAACUGGUGUACCGAUUAAGGGACCAAUACAAGUGGACUUCUUUACGUUGUUUGCAGGCUCAAAUGGCCAUAAAUAAAGACCUUUCUUUCUUUUCAUGGUAAAAACUUAUCUUAACAUGCGGUCAGCUACUCCCUUCAUAGAGCAGUGCAAACUGGUUUUAACCAGACCAGGAAAAGGAGUGGGGGGCCUUUUGGAAAACAAGGACAUUUCAAAGUGAUUCCAAACUGAUAACUGUAAACUGUAGCCUACAUAAUAAAACAUAUACUUACUUAUACUGUAAACACAUGCUUGCCAGAUAGCUUUCAUGUCAUGUUUAUAACACAUUAUAUACUGCAUUUUGGUGUUAUUUUUGAAUAAAGAGCCUUUCAAAUGUCAAAACCAACAUAUUACCUAAAACAAACAAUAUACAUAUACUUUGCAUAAUUCCUUUUAAUUCAUUUAUAAUUAAUUGUAUUUUUACAUAGACUUUAUAUUAUACUGCUAUAUUGUUUAUGUCAGCAAACCUCUUUUGAACAGAAUAUU